UUGUCAUUGAUUGUCGCUCCCCUGGUGUCGAGGUAGGAAGUUAAUGUAAACUAAAGCGCUGGUUUAGUCUGGCCGUAGCCCCGUGUCGUGUGCUAUUACACAUCGUGAGCUCGCCUAUAGCGUCAAUAGUCGGAAAACUAAGGGAGGAGCAAAUCGAGUUAACAAACAUAAAUAAUCGCGAUGUACAAUCCUAAUAUACCGAUUACGCCAUUUUCUGUGAAGAAUCUACUGGGAAUGGAAUACAUGCCAGCCAGCUAUCCUAGCCACGUAAAUCCAUGUAUACCAACAUCCAUACACACGUUCCCGAAGAGCGAAGAAUCUAUAACAACUGGGGUUCACUCGCAUAAUAUGACCGAGCACAAUUUCGGCAUGUAUGGUGUUGACGCAGCGCAAGCAUCCUUCUUGACUGCGAGCCACGAUAGCGAAGGAUCAGGCAAGAGUUUGGACCCCGACCGCGAACAAGGUUCAGUGACUCCCAGUUCGGAAACAAGCCAAGAUUCACCAAACAAGCCUCCAUCAGUAAAUCCAGUUAGCACAAUACAGAGCACUCAACUUACAAGCAAUGAUGUCGGCAACAAACCAAAAAGGAUACGAAGAAAGCCUCGAGUUUUGUUCUCGCAAGGACAAGUGUACGAACUAGAGCGACGGUUUAAACAGCAGAAAUACCUCUCGGCUCCCGAACGCGAGCAUUUGGCGCAGGCGUUGAAGCUGACGCCGAAUCAAGUAAAGAUCUGGUUCCAAAAUAAGCGUUACAAGUGCAAAAAGCAAGCAUUGGAGAGCAAGAAUCGCGCUUUGGACCCGUGGUUGGGUUUCAACGAACCGCGAAGAGUUGCUGUUCCUGUUUUAGUGCGAGAUGGGGAGUCUUGCUUAGCUACAAGAGCCGAAGGCGGUAGUUAUCCAUUUAACGUACCGAAUAUGGGAAAUAUGAACACGAUGAAUAUGAACACAAUGAACAUGAACAUGAAUUUCCCUUAUGGGUAUGGCUACCCGGCAUCACAGAAUGCCUCAGCCGGUCUAAGCUCAAGAUGGUAGUCUUACUGCACACAGGCAAACGUGCGGCGCAUUUUCAAAAUGACGCUGUUCCUAAUAUCCGUAUAAUUCCCCGAACAAUACAAGAACACUACAUUCGGAUGCACAACUGUGCGAUUCGAAUUCGUACUGUGUAUAUAGCAAUGAAAUAAUUUGUACAUAUAGAUUGUUCAUGAGACGCUGCUUUAGCUGUUCAAAACAGUGAUAACUAUAUCGAGAUGAUCGCCCAAUGAAUUUUGGCACGAGGAAAAAGGUAUAUAUGUACAUGUGACAUUCGCAUCGUGGCCGAUUAGAUAGGUGUUUACAAGUAUACUUACAUUUGGUAGAAAAUGUUUUAGAAGGAAAAGUAACUAAAUAUGACAGGAAGUUAAUACAUGAAUUAUACUAAAACAAGCCAACAUCCUUAUAUGCGAUAUUGCUACACUCUUAUGCUUGAAGGACUUCGAACACGCCUUCACUAUCUCAAAACGAGUGCACCUCAUGUUAACGGAGUUUCAACAAUUUUCCCGUUAAAUUAAGUCGAACGCAUGCCAAGAAGUUUCCAGUUUCUUGAGCACUUUCACAACCGCGGAAAGCUGCGAAAUUCUCGAAAAUUUUCCACACGCUGUGUGGUCACAUUUCACUCGAGUAGAGGUGAAAAUUACAAUAAAAUACAUGAAUCUUGUAUAUAAGAAUGAUGCGUUCCUUUUAACAAUAAACAUUUCAAUUGA